CGCCGUACCGGCUCGCCGAGCAGUCCGUCGUCUCCCCGCAGAGCCGACCUCCCGGAGCGGAAAAGAGGGCUCCGUCUCCUGGCCCUCGCCGGGCGGCAAGAGUCGGGGAACGCUUCCGCUCGGUUCUCGUUUCCCGGCGGAGCGGCGGACUACGGGGCAGGGGCUAUGGAGCGGUGCGAGCAGGCCGUGGUCCGGGUGCCGAGCAUGGACGGCGUGACGCGGGAGCGCUUCCUGCGGGACGUCUAUCCUCGGAGAGAGCCAGUUGUGCUGAAGGGAAUGGAGCUGGGCCCUUGCACAACCAAAUGGACAGUAGAUUACCUGAGCCAAGCUGCAGGAUCUAAGGAAGUAAAGAUCCAUGUUUCUGCAGUACCACAGAUGGAUUUCCUCAGUAAGAACUUUGUGUAUAGAACUCUGCCUUUUGAUGUAUUUGUACGAAGGGCAGCUGAAGUCAAACACAAAGACUACUUUCUUUCUGAGGAUGAGAAGUACUAUUUGCGAUCAGUGGGUGAAGAUGUUAGGAAGGAUAUUGCAGAUAUCAGAAAACAGUUUCCUGUUUUGGCAGAAGAUGUUCAGAUUCCAGAGUAUUUUGAGAAGGAACAGUUUUUCUCUAGUGUCUUCCGCAUCAGCUCAGCAGGAUUGCAGCUAUGGACACAUUAUGAUGUAAUGGAUAACUUCUUAAUCCAAGUAACAGGUAGAAAACGAGUUGUUCUGUAUAGUCCUCGAGAUGUACCAUAUUUAUAUUUAUCAGGUACCAAAUCAGAGGUGCUAGAUGUUGAUAACCCAGACUUUGAGAAAUACCCACUUUUUGUGAAAGCCAAGCGCUAUCAAUGUUAUCUGGAAGCAGGAGAUGUGUUAUUUAUUCCAGCUAUGUGGUUCCACAAUGUAAUUUCUGAGGAAUUUGGAGUGGCACUGAAUGUCUUCUGGAAACACCUUCCUGCUGAAUGCUACGACAAGAGUGACACUUAUGGAAAUAAAGAUCCCACAGCAGCCUCUAGGGCAAUACAGAUCUUGGACAGGGCCUUGAAAACACUUGAAGAACUACCUGAAGAAUACAGGGAUUUCUAUGCUCGAAGAAUGGUGUUACGGAUCCAAGAAAAAGCCUAUAGGAAUGAUUAUGGAUAAAAUAACACUUUCCUGCGUGGAGAGCUUCUGCUCCCUCUUGUGGUGAAACUCCAUAUAAUUUUGAGCACAAUUUAAGGCUGAGAUGGGAACAGUGCAGCAGCUUGACCACGAGGUAGAUGAUGUCUCCCUUUCCAAGCUGAAUGAGGUAUUAUGCAGGAAACUCUGUUGCAACCACAGUCACUGCCUCAGUGCACUUAGGCAGCACUUCUGCUUCUGCAGCUAAAACACUUGCAACUAGCUUUCCCACAAAUCCAUCAAUCUACAGCAGGAAAAUCUGAAAUGAUUGUAAUGCUGGAGGAGAUAUAGGAGCUGUUGGGAGCAGUAUAUGAGAAGCAUUACGUUACCAUAUGAAAGGAGGCUGCAAUGUUACAUUUGCAGGUGAUAUUUUUGGCAGCCAAACGUAUCUGUGCUUACAGAAGCCAUGUAGAAGAAGGUGGACAUGUCACAGAAAGGGUUUCUAUUGCCCCUUUAAAAUGUCUGUUAUUUGUGCAGUUUUGGGGAUGCAGUAUUUAUCCGACAUCCAGGUCAGUCUGUGACUUUCAGCAGUGUGGCUAUUUUCAAGAGAAUGGUAUCUUUUCAGAAUCUCUUAGACAAGACACGUAGGGCUAAUAAAGCACUGAAAAAAAAACAAAACAAAAACAAACAAACAAAAAAACCCCCCAAAAAAUAAAACCACCAAAACUCUCCAGAGUAGCAGGGGCUUGCUACACUGUGCCCAUUAUUUCUCUAAACCUAUUCUCCUUGGCAGUUUAACUCAGCGAAAAUAGCUUGCUGCCGUGUGAAUGGGCACCGAGCCAGCGGAAUGAAUAGACUUGAAUUGACUCAGCCAAGCGAUUCUGAUGGGCAUCAUUGUGCACUCUGUGGGUAGAAUUUAAAUCUAGGAUCACAAACAAGUCUCCCAAAUUUCUUUUUUUUUUUUUAUUUUUAUUUUUUUUUAAGGAUUGCCUGUACAAUACUGCUUAGAUGGAACCUGUGUCUGUUAGGCUGGGAAAGCUUCUUGGCUUUGGCAAAGUUGUAAUGUCAAGGGCAACACAUGGAUUGUUUUUGUAUGUUAGGAGUAAAUGGAAAGGCUCAAAGAGCCUGCAGGAUACAGAAAGCUGUUCCAGCAUUGUGCCUUUGCAGCUCUGUUAACUCUAACCAUCAGCAGCUUCUCAUUAUGUUAGUACAGAGGCAGUACUGUGCUGAGCCCUCAUUCUAUCAUUUCUUGAUUCUCUGUUGCCAAAAGAGGUGCAAAGUAGCUUGGUGUUCUCAGGCCCUCUCAACACUCGUGUAUAAAAAGGGAAACUGGGUUUUUUGGAUGUAGGUACUAGUGUGGAGGUAGCCCAGCAGAAAAGCUGCAAUUCACUUGUUGGGCUAGUGUGAAGUUUGGAUUGGAAAAUACAUAUCUGGCUGGGCAGAGAUAAUCAUGAAUUAAAUGUCAGCCAAGAGCCAUAGGAAGCGCAGCUACUUGUGCUUCAUAUGACCAACUUUAAUUUUAUUUUUAUAUGGCAGCAAAUGAGGUCAUCUCACUGUGACCAUCAGCUGGUGGUAACCCAGCCCUGCUCAUGCUUCUUUUCCAGUGUACUAUGAGAAAUGUGGGUGAGGAUAGGUUUUUUUUCCCCCUCCCUAGGACUCUUCUUGUUUUCACAUCUCUGAGAAGAUAGUCAGUAAAUCCAUAGUGAUCUAAGCACAUAUUUGAGAAAGACAAAUAGUAUUCCAUGCAGACCAGUGAGAAGAUCAGCACAGCAGUUAUUUUAUCAGUAGCAUCCAUUUUUAUCCCUUUGAACCAAUUUCUUGAAUUUCUUAAACAAUUCAUAUGGAACACAUGGCUCUGAAAUGCUAUUAAAUUAGUAACCAAGCAGUUUAAAAGUGUAUUUUCUUAAUCUGAGCAUAAUGUCUCUAGUGACAAAAAUACUGAAGUUUGUGUUAAAAAAUAAAAUAUUACAAAACAAAACCAAAAGCCCUU